GGUUAAUGAUUAAUGAAUUUUAUACAGUAUACAGAGUUGUCGAAUUUUCCGAUUACAAUUUACAGUUUACAUUUUAUACCAAUUGGCCGCUUUUUCACUGUCGAGUGCUGUUUAUUUAUGAACGGUUAUCUAAUAUUUAAGUGAAGUUUACUUUGUUUACUACUAUUAAUACCAUUGACGAUCGCUAAGCAUUGUAUUGCGUUGCAUUUGACCAUUUACUGACAAUUCUACUUUUGUUUACAAACAAUACGACGUAAUGGGUAUUUGUUUUCUGUGCGAUUCUAAACUAUAUGGGGAAAGAACACGCGUGUGUUCAAGCAUUACUCCUCAUAGUAAUGUGCCAUAUCCUGAAAAAAUAGCCGAACUUAUGGGUGAAGAGUUUGUGGUUAUUGUAACUCCUGCUGAUCAUAUGUGCAAAAGAUGUACAUCACUUUUGACACACAUGGAUAAACUUGAAAACGACUUGAAAUUGGUAAAAAAUGCUAUGUUAUCAUACAUACAAAAGAAGUAUGGAGUAUUGCCGCCUGAUCAACCAGUUAAAGCCCUUGAUAUUGUUAACGGUCAUUUGAAGACGGAUGAAUUAGAAGUAGGUCAGAGGAAAGUACCAAGUGGUUUAACUAUCAGAGAUAACUCUGUUAGCACUCCUUUAAAAAUGCUGAAAACACAACAACAAGAUAGUGCAUCUAAAAUGAAAAUAUAUAAAUGUGGCUUUUGUUCAUUCCAGUCUAAAGAACUUGGACACGUUCGAUUCCAUAUGCGUACUCACAUGAAUAAGAAAGGAGAUGGUGAAAAAGUUAACCAGACAGUUGCCAAGACAUUAACACCUGCUACACAACAGAAGAAAAGAUUAUAUAGAUGCCAGGUAUGUUCAACAUCAUUUGAUAGCAGAGUGAGUUGUCUUGAACAUAUUCAAAAAGAUCAUAAUCAACAAGCAGCGCAACCAGCUAAUGAGGAAAAAGAAGCUGAGGAAAAACAAGCAGAGGCUGAAGGUAAAGAUGCUGAAUCUGAAAAUCAUGCUACUGAUCAACAAUCUGAAACUCCUUUAGAUGUUCCAGAAGAACAAGAAAAAGGAGCAGUUGAUACGGACAUGUUAUUAAACGAAAAUGUCCCAGCCGAUGAGCCUGCUACUUCUGAACAGCAUGAGCAAACACACGAAACUGGAGGAGCUCAGGAGCAAGAAGAAAGUAUGCAAGUUGAUCAAGAGCAUACAGCAGAAAAUUCUGAACAGAAAGGAGUGGAAGAAGAAAUGGCUGCAAUCAGCGAGGAGAACAAAACUGGUGAUAUAGAUAUAGAGUCCAUGUUAGCUGCUAUACACAAUGAUGCUCCAGCUCAACCCACGGUCGAUUCAGAUACUCAAAAUAUAGUCUAAAAUCAUUUUACCUUUUUGGUUUUAAUAUUAUUUAAAUUUUUUUCAAAUUGAAAUAAUUUUAUUUUAAGGAAACAACACACAGUUACAAUUCUUCAAUUUAAAUGCAUAUAAUUUUCAAUAUUUUUCUUACAAUUACUAUAAUGCCUGUUCAUUAUGAAAAUUAAACUUAAAAUAAUAUACGUGUUACAUAGUAAUUAAAGCAUUUAAAAUUUUGCACAUGGGAAUAAUAAAUAACUAAUAUGAAUAUAU